AUGAAGGUGCUCAGAAGACACCACGACGCCUCGACGCUGGUCUUCGUGGCCAUGAAGCGCACGGCCGCUUGGCUGGAGGGGCAACUGCAUCAGCAGGGCUACCGCGCGCGGGCCAUCCACGGCGACAUGGAGCAGCCCGAGCGGGAGAGGUCGCUGGCGGACUUCCGGGCGGGGCGGUGCCGGUUCCUGGUCGCGACCGACGUGGCCGCCCGCGGGCUUGACAUCCCGAAGGCCCAGCGUCCGAGUCACCACCCGCACCGCCAGGGCCGCGCGCCGCUCGGCCACGGCCCCUGGGUCCGAGUGGCCGGCCGCCUUCCCCGCCGCGGUCGCCGGCCCCGCCGUGGGCUCCGCUGCCGCCGCGGCCGCCUCCGACGCGGCUGCCGCCGCCGCGGCCCGCUGCAUGCUCGCCUGGCGCUGCGGCCGCCGUGGCCGGCGCGGCCGCCCUGGGGCCGGCCGCUGCCCGCGCCGCUGCCGCGGCCGCGGGCGCUGCGGCCGCUGCCGCGGCUGCUCGCGCGGCGGCCGCGGCGGCUGCCAGCUCGGCCUCUGGCGCCGCCGGCGUGGCGGCUGCUCCUGCUGCCCCCUCCGCGGCGGCUGCCGCAGCCGCUUUGGCUGCCUCUGCCGCGGCGGCUGGCGCUGCCGCGGCGGCCGCCGGCCGCCCCAGCGCGGCCCCCGGGCGCUGGACCGCUGCCGGCGCCGAUGCCGUCGGCGCUGGCGGACAUGCUGGCGGCCCCGUGCGCCUCCGUCGCCGCCGCCCCCUCUCUGCUCGCCGCGUUCGCCGCCGCGUUCGCCGCCGCGGCCUCCUCGCGUGGGCCGGCGGCGGCGGCCGCCGCUGCUGCGGCGGCGGCGACGGCGGAGGGCGCGAUGGCCGGCGCCGCUGCGGCGGCGCGCGGCCUGCCCGACGGCCCGCCCCGCGGCGAGCCCGACGGCCAGAUCUGCGGCCAGCCCGACUGCCAGCCCUACGACCUGCCCGGCUGCCAGCCCCGCAGCCAGCCUGCUGGUCAGCCCCACGGCCUGCCCGGCUGCCCGCCCCGCGGCCCGCCUGACGGCCAGCCCGCCCGCCCCGUGGCCAGCCCGACUGGAAGCCCCGCGGCCGGCCCCGCGGCCAGCCUGACGGCCAGCCCGGCCAGCCCCGCGGCCAGCCCGACGGCCAGCUUGACGGCCAGCCCGACGGCCAGCCCCGCGGCCAGCCCCACGGCCAGCCCCACGCCCCACGGCCAGCCCCGCAGCCAGCCCGAAUGCCAGCCCCACGGCCUGCCCGACGGCCAGCCCGACUGCCAGCCCUACACGGGCAGUCCCGCGGCCAGCCUGACUGCCAGCCCUGCGGGCAGUCCCAGGGCCAGCCCAGCCUGCCCCACAGCCAGCCUGACGGCCAGCCCGACGGCCAGCCCUUUGGCCUGCCCGCCCCGCGGCCAGCCCCACGGCCAGCCCCGCGGCCAGCCCGACUGCCAGCCCCACGGCCAGCCCGACGGCCAGCCCGAUUGCCAGGCCCACGGUCAGCCCGACUGCCAGCCCCACGGCCAGUCCGACGGCCAGCUAACGGCCAGUCCCACAGCCAGCCUGGCGACCAGCCUCAUCACGGCCAGCCUGGCGACCAGCCUCACGGCCAGCCCGACUGCCAGCCCCACGGCCUGGCCGGCUGCCAGCCCCACGGCCCGCCCCGUGGCCAGCCCGAUUGCCGGCCCCGCGGCCAGCCCCACGGCCAGCCCCACGGCCAACCCCGCAGCCAGCCCGACUGCCAACCCGACUGCCAGCCCCACGGCUAGGCCCACGGCCAGCCCGGACAGCCGCGCGGCCAGCCUGGCGGCCAGCCCGACUGCCAGCCCCGCGGCCGGCCCGACUGCCAGCCCCGCGGCCAGCGCCAUGGCCAGACCCACGGCCAGCCCGACUGCCAGCCCUUUGGCCGGCCCUGCGGCCAGCCCAGCUGCCGGCCCCACAGCCAGCCUGACGGCCAGCCCCACGGCCAGUCCCACGGCCGGUCCCACGGCCACCCCCGCGACCAGCCCCACGGCCAGCCUGACGGCCAGCCCGACGGCCAGCCCCGCGACCAGCCCCGCGGCCAGCCCCGCGGCCAGCCCCGCGGCCGGUCCGACCAGUCCGAUGCCCUACCCAACACUCUACCUGAGGCCUUGCCUGACGCCGAGUCCCGCGGCCAGCCCCGCGGCCAGCCCGACGGCCAGCCCGACGGCCAACGCGAGGGCCACGGAGCAGUCGCCUGACGAGUCGUCGGGGGGCGUGGCGCUCGCGGACGACCCGCUGGCCCUCGUGGAGCGGGUCAAGGCGUGGCAAAGUGGGAGUGGCGCAGUAUACAGUAUCGACUACAAGAAGCUUGGCAAAGGCAGAGCCCAGCCCUACAUUUCACCCAUGCACGUCAUCGUCGAUUUCAUGCGUGCUCGCGCCGGGCACGAGAGCACGUCGGUCUACGUUCCCGUGGGCGCGGGGCGCACUGGGGCUCCCGCCUACGCUGACCCGGUCCACUUGAGGCCUGGAGUGCCUACCGCGGCCCUGGGGGCCAGCCUGCUGCGUUUCGAAAAGCACCUCGCUGACCAGCGCGACCGGCUCAAGUACCACAGAAUCGAGCAGUACGUCGUCGAGCAGUACCUCGCUGACCAGCACCACCGAGUCCGGCACUGCGGGUUCGCGCACCACAGAGUCGAGCAGCACCUCGCCGACAAGCACGACCGUGACCAGUACAAGUGGCUCAAGUACCACAGAGUCGAGCAGUACUUCGCUGACCAGCACGACCGAGACCAGUCGACUGCACGGCUCACGCACUACAGAGUCGAGCAGUGCGUCGUUGACCAACACGACUGGGACCGGUACGAUCGGCUCCAGUACCAUGGAGUCGAGCAGCACCCCGCUGACCAGCACGACCGAGACCAGUACGACUGGCUCCAGUGCCACAGAGUCGAGCAGUACCUCGUUGUUCAGCACGACCGGCUCAAGUACCACAGAUUCAAGCAGCACUUCGUUGACCAGCACGACUGCGUCGAGCACCGCGGGAUCGAGCAGUGCGUCGCUGCCCAGGACGUCCGAGUCGUGCGCUACGGAGUCGAGCAGUACUUCGCUGACCAGCGCGACUGGCUCAAGUCACACAGAGUCGAGCAGUGCGCCACUAACCAGCACGACCGAGUCGAGCAACACGGGGUCGAACAGCACGUUGCUGACAAGCACUACUGA